UUUCACCAACAAUUCUGUUGUCUCAACCGUGUCAGCUAGAGCUUGGUCGAUCCACCUACAUACGUCUUUAUAUAAGCCGAGCCAUUCCAUUUCUCUGUGUUCCCGUACAUGGUUUGCUAGUUUCCACCCGAGACCCGGCAGCUGAUGGGGGAUGUGCUGCAAGCUGGUCAGGCCGCCGAAGGCAUGGCCGUCUGGCCCAGCGAGCUUGACGAGCAGCUCAUAAGCGAGCUCCUCAGCGACGACAGCUUCCUCGGCGCCCUGCAGGUCCCCGACGGCUCGGAGCACUGGUCGCGUGACACGGGGGCAGCACCUCCCGCGCCGUGCAACAGCGGCGGCGACAGCAGCAGCACCGCGCGCGCGGAUGAGCAGAAGCUGCCGCAGCCGGCGGCGGGUUUACCCGUCUCGCCGCCCGCCAACUCGUGCUCCACCGCCGCCGCCGCCUCCCCUUCCAGUUACGCUCCGAGUAGGCGCGCCGUGCCGCGCGGUAUCUGAUCCGUU